AUGGAGAAGUAUGAGCUCGGCAAGCAGAUCGGCCACGGCAACUACGGCACCGUGCACCUCGUCACCCACGUCGCGGAGCGUCGCCCGUACGUGGUGAAGCGCAUCCCGGUCCACAAGAUGAAGGAACAGAGCGAGGCUUUGCGCGAGGCGCAGCUGCUGUCCAGGCUGCGCCACCCGAACAUCAUAGCUUACAAGGAGUCCUUCCUGUGCGAUGACAACAAGACCCUGUGCAUCGUCACCGCAUUCGCGGAGGACGGCGACCUGUUCACCCACAUCUCGCGCGCGAAAGCCGCUCGCCGGUAUUUCCCAGAGCGGCAGGUGCUGGACUGGGUCGCCCAGAUCGCACUCGCGCUGGACCACAUCCACGGCAUGCGCGUCAUGCACCGCGACCUGAAGACCCAGAACAUCUUCCUCGGCCGCGGCGGGGUGAUCAAGCUGGGCGACUUCGGCAUCAGCCGGGUGCUGGAGCGAACAGACGACUUUGCCACCACGGUGACGGGCACGCCCUACUACCUCUCCCCGGAGGUGUGCACCAACCAGCCGUACACGCUCAAGAGCGACGUGUGGGCGUUCGGGUGCGUGGCGUACGAGAUCGCCACCCUGCGCCACGCGUUCGCCGCCGAUUCGCUGCUGAGCCUCGUGUACCAGAUCGUCAACGGCACGUGUCCGCCGAUACCCAAGGAGAGGUACGACGUCCGGUUUGCCAAAAUCGUGGCGAGGACGCUGGAACGAGACCAUCGACGCCGUCCGGACAUCGCGACCGUGCUGCAGAGCGAGCUCAUGCAGGAGCACCUGCGGAGGAUG